CACAACUCAUCUUGAAUGGAAAUUUGAAAGAAUUGCACAAGGUUCGAAGCUAGUUUUACUUUCUAUAAAUCUAUAAGAGAAGUAAAACACAAUGGCAAAGCCAAUUGCAAAUUCCGUACAAACACUACCGCGGUUCUUACUCCCCAAAUUGAGCUGGCAGACACGAUCCUCAUUACCCCCGCAUACUAUCCGAGCAUUCAGCGCGGCAGCAAACAAGAAUGGAAAUUCACAAAGACAUACUUCUAGUCAGCAGAUAUCCAAUCGAGGACGAUCCGUAGACAGCGGACACAAAGCUCGAACUAGCAUAUUACUAGAACCAUCAUGUCGAAGAGCAUUCCACGCAACCCCUCGUCAAUCUCGAGACCACCAUUUCGACACCCUGAAGUUUGUUCAACGGUUACGGGAUGAGGGAUUCACAGAACCCCAAGCUGUGGCUAUGAUGAAAGUGCUCAGCGAUGUUAUUGAAGAAAGCAUCCAAAACCUAACCCGUACAAUGGUCCUCCGCGAAGAUGCCGCUCGCGCAACCUACACUCAAAAAGUUGAUUUCGCCGCCCUCCGCAGCGAACUCCUCUCUGCAGAUUCCACCGAAUCAUCCACAACCCGCGCUUCUCACGAGCGGCUCACCAAUGAUCUCGCUAAACUGAAUGCUCGUCUGCGGGACGAGGUUUCCCGAACCCAAGCUUCUGUUCGAUUAGAUUUGAAUUUGGAAAAGGGCAGGAUAAGAGAGGAGGCCAAUGUUCAAGAUCUUAAAAUCAAGGAAACGGAGACAAAGAUUGAGCAGGAGGUAGCUGGGUUAAGGGAAAAGUUGGAGGGUGUUAAGUUUCAGACGCUGCAGUGGUUGAUGGGAGUUUGUACUGGUACGGCGGCGUUGAUUUUGGGUGCUUGGAGAUUGUUGAUGUAGGAAGCGUUUUCUUUGGUGGAAAAAGAGCAGUAUUGAUACCAGAAUGCUUUGUGUUAUAAAUAGAACUGGAUUAUAGAUUAAUCAUUGAAUUUGACUGCAAAUCUUAAACACUUCAAGUUGAUGUGAACCAAAGAGUUGCAGUGACUCUACCUUCCAA